UUCGGUCGCUCAAUGUCGACUGCGGCGUCCAGGAGCGCUGUCGACUUCGUCGGCGAGUCUUGCCGUCGACUUCGUCGUCCAGUCGCGCGCGCUGUCGACUUCGUCGUCCGGUCCAGUCGCGCUGUCGACUUCGUCGUCCAGUCCCGCUCGAUGUCGACGUCGUCGGCGAGUCCCGCGCAGUGCCCAACGAGGGAGAAGGAGAGCCGCGCAGUGUCAGACGAGGGAUGAGGAGAGUCGCUGGCUGUCGACUUCGUCGUCCAGGCGCGCUGUGGACUUCGCCGUCGAGUC